CCUCGCGACCGAUACCCUCAGUUUGCGAUACAUCUCCCACAUGGACACUAGCUACUGGUGUGUAACUGAAAGUGUGUACUGUAUAGAGUCGUUAUAUUCAUCCCCAACUGUGGUAUCUACAACAGAACCCGCUAUCUCCUUCAUCUCGAUGUCUGUCUGACUCAUUCGUUCCCUUUCUACUCGAGUGCUGGUCCCUAUUUUCGACGUUUCGGCGCAUUCAAGGUCGUGUUCACUUUCAUCUCAUGUUUGUAGUAACAAGCUGACUAGUCUACUACUGUGGAUUUUUGCAAUACCGUGAACUUGAAAGAUCCAUUCAGACAAAUUUUUAUAUUCAUUAUAUUAAAAUUAUUUAUUUUUACUAUAAAGUUUUCUUAAUUAAUUACUUACUUGUGCGGAAAUCAGGACUAUUGAUUUUAGUGCCGGUAAAUUUGUUACAGGACUUAGUAGAAGGAUAUUUUUAAAAAUUAAUUUUAUUAAAAAUGGAAUUAAAAGGGAAAGUUGCUUUAGUUACUGGGGGAUCUUCGGGAAUCGGCAGAGCUUUUGUUGAAGAAUUACUCAAUCAAGGAGCUAAGGUUACGAUAUGUGAUAUUAAUGCCGAAGAAGGUGAAAAAUUAGCAAAUGGGUUGGCACUUAGACACGGUAAAGAUCGUGUUAUUUAUUGUCAGUGUGAUGUUACUGAUUAUCCUCAAUUUGAAGAAUCAUUCAGAAUAACAAUUUCAACAUUUGGUCAUAUUGAUAUUCUUAUCAAUAAUGCAGGGAUCAUGAAUGAUAGAUUUUGGGAGCUUGAGGUCGACAUUAAUCUCAAUGGAGUAAUUCGGGGUACGAUGUUGGCACAGCGAUAUUUAGGAAUAGACAAGGGUGGCCGCGGGGGUGUUGUGAUAAACACGGGCAGCAAUGUGAGUUUGAAUCCAUACGUAAGUGUCCCGAUAUAUUCGGCAACGAAGGCGGCAAUUGUCAGUCUCACCCGAGCAUUUGGUGACAAAUAUCACGUGGAUCUCACUGGAGUUAAAGUGAUGUCUUUGUGUCCAAGUGCGACAGACAGCAAUCUUGUUCGUGAUGUGGGCAAACAAUUGCUAUCACCUAGAUACGAAGACGCUUGGCGUCGUGAUACCGCCUCCUGCAUUCCACAAAAAGCUGAACAUGUGGCCAAAGCAUUAACACACGUGCUGACAAACGGAAAGAGCGGAAGUGUUUGGCUCGUAGAAAACAGCCAACCCGUUCGUGAAAUAGUCUUCCCGAAGCAUUAAACUAAAAAAUAAUAAAAUAACUCAUUUAAAUUUUAAAAGUAUGUUAAGUAAAAAAAUAUCACAUUUGAUAAAAAAAUUUUGAGACAUUCCUCGCUUCACCUGCUGAAUAAAUCCUGCCGUUUUAUACACCGUCGAUAAAUUUUUUAAGGAAAGUAAGCGAUUAUCUACUCCGCCCAAACGGACUCCCGAGCUCAUAAAUUUGAAUUUUUAAAUUUUCAUCAUUCGCAUUGAUAUUUUGCAACAAACCAAACUUAUUUAUAAUAAUAAGUGUUUAAAAAAAAAUUAUAAUAAUUAAUUACUUUUUCAGACAGUGUCCCCCCACUUUUUCAAAGUAUUCUUUAGGAACUUUUUUUACAGUUGUCAUCAAUUAGGAGUUAAACAAAAUUUCAGGCGAUGUCAAUUUUAGAAUUCGAAUUUUCAGAUUUCGUAGGCUAAAAUUUAUUACCCGAUUUCGUUUGACAUCAAAUUGAUGACAACUGUAAGUAAUUUUUUCUUAAUUAAUUAAUAAAAUUUACUACAUUUAUGACCGUUCAAGGUCAUUGAAUAUUUAUAAAAAGUGAGGGAAGAUAUUGUCUGAGAAUGUUUUUAAAGUGAACAGAGAGGAAGUAACUUUUAUUAAUGAUAGAUUAAUUAAAAGAAAAAAAAAGUGAUUUUUUAUGCGGCUAUAGCUAUAAUUGUUUGGAAAGUCAGUCACUGGCCUAUAAAUAAUAGGCGAACAAACUUCCGAGUCUAUAGUCAAGACGUCGAGACGUUUAAAACUAACUGACGCUAUUUAUAAACUUUUUUUAUAUUUAAAAAUUUAAACUUAAGUUUUUUUAGUAUAAAUUUUUUAUAUAUUGUUAUUAUUGUACAUUAUCUAGUCAUUGAAGUAAGUAAAAAAAUUGUUGGCUCGAUAUUAUCUUAUAAUAAUAAUUAUUAUUAUUAUUAUUUGCUCGGUUUGUAUGCGUGGUAUAAAAAAUAAAAAAAU